AUGUGGGAGUCUAAAGCCAAGAAAACUCGGUUGAUUAUCCUUCCUGAUGAGGAUGGUCUUUCUUUUAUUAUUCGAAAAACUGGAUUUAAAUUCCUACCUUUGCCUACUUCUGAACCCAUUCCUCAACGAGCUCCUCAAGCCUCUCCCCGUGCGACCUUAGUCAACAUUGGUAUUGAUGAUGAUGAUGAUGAUGGUGACAAUAGUCGAAAAAGAGGGGCUACGCCUGCUACUUCUGCAAGUCAGAAGAGAACCAGAGGUGCUAGUGGGUCUGCUGUGAACCAGCCUUCCCCAGCUGGGUCUGCUAGCCAUCGUGAGGAGGUCCAGAAGGGCAGUACCCAACCUGCUAACAAGGAGCAUUCUGUUUCUAGUCUUCCUUCUCAAGAAGCUACUCCUAUCCCUGAUGAUGAGGCCUCGACGAAGAAGACUUCUAAAAAGAAAUCUAAGUCUGGCCGCAGAUCUGGCAGCCACUCCUCUCAUCAUUCUAGGAGUUCGACAACCCCCAGUCCUCCCAAAGAGUCUGCCCCCAAGGAUACUCCGAACGAAUCUUCUCCAACCCAUGAGCAAAAUAAGCCACAUGUUGAAGUACAAAGUGGUGACGAUCAAGUACUCCCAUUUACUCAGCCUGACCAAGUGACUGGUGUCAUGCCUCAUCCCAAGGCUAGUGCUCGGAGCUCGACACAAGCUGGCUCUUCUCUUGGGCCUCAACAGGACUCUGGAGCUGCCUUACUUUCUCCUCAAGCCAAAGGUGGUUCUGCUUCUCCAAAGACAGCAGCUUCAUCCCAUGCUUCUAGUGAAAGGCUUAAUGCCCUCUUGGUUCAAGACCCACUCGCCACCAUCCAGAGUUUCCUCGAUGGCACUCUGAACCUUGACUCUCCGCCACCUCAUGCUGAAACUACUGAGACUGCUCAGUCUAGAGAGCUAGCCAGUUCUGGCCGGGUUGAGGAAGCUUUGGCUAAGCUAAAGGGUUUGGUUUUUGAUGAAGGAUUUGUCGAUAAAGUCUGUGCUGACCCUCAACCAGGCCAUGAUGUCAUAGAGCUGCUUACUUUCCUGUUGGGCCAGAGUCUCGACCAAGCUCAGGCUGAUGCUCUUGUCGAACUCCAGACUUUCCUGGUUGAUCUAUUGGCCACGUUGGACAGUGCUAACGCUGUGGAGCAGCUUAUCAAAACCAAGGAGGCUGAGGUUAUCGAGUUGACUGCCAGGAAGACUCUUAUAGCAACUGACCUAUCGAGUGUGGACUCUCGACUGGAAGAGCUUCAAAGGGAGAUGGCAAAGCUUGAAAAGGAGAAGGCGAGGUUGGUCGAGGAAGGCCCUGCUGUCAAUGCCCGGCUGACUACUCUAGCUGCUGAAUGCACCAACGUGAUGUUGUCGACAUCUCAGCUCUCCAAGGAGGUUGCAGCAAAGAAGCGCGUUAAGCGAAAUUUGGAUGCAAGGAUCGUUGCUGCUGGAGCUCAGCUUGAGGCCUUUAAAUCGAGGAUUUAA